GGACGGACGAACAAAUGCAUGAACGGAUGUAAAAAUGUCACAAUACAAAAAUGUCACACGUCAGGCGAGUUCGUUCAUUCAAGUAAUUUGCGAUAGACAAUAUUGCGACAGAUCGGCGGGCCGUCACAGAUACGCUCAGGCGACGUGAGCAAGAGCAUAUCGCACCCGUAACGCACACGAGUGAGGGCCGUGUAGAGGUGGCCAUGCUGGAAGAAGUGGUGACGAAUCUCGAUCACGAUCUUUUCCAGUGUUUGUCCUUGACUCUUGUGGACCGUCUCAGCGUAUGCCGGCUUGACCUGCACACAUUAAGAGACGCGUAUGCAGCUUGCGUGUCUGUCUGUCUGUCUCUCUGUCUCUCUCUCUCUCUCUCUGUCUGUGUGUGUCUAUGCAUGUCUAACCGGAUAUUGACAGCGGUUAAACUUCAGGCCACGCACGUUGCGUGGCUGGAUAGUGAAGUUGAUGCGUGGUAGCACGAAUGUCUGCCAUGGUGAGGCGCCCCCAUUCACCUUCUUGACCUCGAUCAUCCCCUCGCCGCGGGGCCCUUUAUAGAUCACCUUCUCGUUGUUGUACAACUCGUAGCGGCGUGACAUGUUCCGCAGCACCAGACAUACCACGCCCGGCUUGAGCUGCAGCUUGUGUGGGGGCUUUGGCGACUCUUCUUGUGCGGCAAGGAACUCCUCGUCGUGGUGACCGGCCUGCUGGUCGUUCUGCAGGAAUCUCUCAAAGGCCGUGUGGGUGUACUCCUUGCCGUUCAUGCGUUGAAUGAUGGUGUCAUUCAGCGCGUCCACCGCCUUGUUGACUGGACAGAGGAUGGCGCGUGUGGCACACGCUUCUGGGUCGCGGUUGUAGAGCUCGUCGGGGAAAGCGAAUUCGAUGGCGUCUUGCUCGCUGAAGGUGUGUUGGUGGUUGAGCUUGAUCCAAUGGGUCUCGUCACCGCGGCGAAGAGAAGGGUCGCUCUGAGGGUCGAUGCAAAAAGUGGGCACCUCGCAAGGCACAUCCACAGACUGGUAUGUGAGCAUACGCAGCGAACACACACACACACACACACACACAGAGAGAGAGAGAGAAGAGCGACACCAC